UGUUAGUUGUUGUGACUUGUGACACUCUUGUCUUGUGUAGUGCUCGUGAAUCUGAGAUCGGAAUAUGGAGGCGGUUGCGGCGGAGGACGGGUGGUGCGUGGUCACCGGAGGUCGAGGUUUCGCGGCGAGGCAUUUGGUUGAGAUGCUAAUCCGGCACAACAUGUACUGCGUUCGCGUCGCCGAUUUGGGACCCACCAUUGAGCUCGAACCCGGUGAGCAAUUGGGGGUUCUCGGUGAAGCUCUGCACUCUGGUCGUGCUGAAUAUAUCUCCGUCGAUCUUCGCGACAAGGCUCAAGUCUUGAAAGCUUUUGAAGGAGCUGAAGUUGUGUUCCACAUGGCUGCUCCGAACUCUUCCAUUAACAGCUACCAGCUGCAUCACUCCGUCAAUGUACAAGGAACACAGAAUGUGAUCGAUGCUUGCGUUGAGCAAAAAGUGAAGCGAUUAAUCUACACCAGCUCUCCCAGUGUUGUCUUUGAUGGAGUUCAUGGAAUUCAUAAUGGAAGCGAAUCAUUGCCAUAUCCACCUUCGCAUAAUGAUCACUAUUCAGCUACUAAAGCUGAGGGUGAGGCAUUAGUUAUCAAGUCUAACGGUACCAGUGGGCUCCUAACGUGCUGCAUACGCCCUAGCAGCAUAUUUGGGCCGGGUGAUAAACUGUUGGUGCCUUCAUUAGUUGAUGCUGCAAGGGCAGGGAAAUCCAAGUUCAUUAUUGGGGAUGGAAAUAACCUUUAUGAUUUCACUUAUGUUGAAAAUGUGGCUCAUGCCCAUGUAUGUGCUGAACGAGCUCUAGCUUCAGAUGCAACAGUUUCAGAAAAAGCUGCUGGAGAGGCAUAUUUCAUUACAAAUAUGGAAUCUAUGAAGUUUUGGGAGUUUAUGUCACUGAUUUUGGAAGGUCUUGGAUAUGAAAGGCCAAGAAUAAAGAUCCCUGCCUUUGUUAUCAUGCCUAUUGCACAUUUGGUAGAGCGGAUAUAUAAGCUGCUCGCCCCAUAUGGGAUGAAGGUUCCUCAGUUGACCCCUUCAAGAGUAAGACUACUGUCUUGCACCAGAACUUUUGAUUGCUCAAAAGCAAAGGAUCGCCUUGGCUACGAACCCAUCGUAACACUACAGGAGGGUCUGCGGAGGACAAUUGAAUCAUACCCACACUUGAGAGCUGAAAAUAUACCUAAAACUAAAAGAGAAGGCCCCUCAAAAGCUUCCAUAUAUCUUGGAAGUGGAAGAGUUGCUGACACAUUGCUUUGGAAGGAUAAAAAGCUUACUUUCACCACAUUGUUAGUCUUGAUUGCAAUUUACAUCAACUUCAUUGCAUCUCAGAAUACCAUCGUUACCGCCCUUGCAAAGCUUCUAUUGUUCUCAUCUAUAUUUUUAUUCAUCCAUGGCUUUGUACCUGCAAAAAUAUUGGGAUAUACUGUUGAGAAAAUGCCCACAUCCUGGUUUCACUUAUCCGAAGAUAUGUCACAUCAAAUUGCUCUCUCAGUGGCAUCAUCUUGGAAUCUUGCUGUGGAUGGUUUGAAAUCACUUGCACAAGGGAAUGAUUGGAUGCUGUUCUUUAAGGUUGUUUUAUCUCUGCUCAUUCUUAGCUUCCUUGGAGCCUUUUCACUUCAGAACUUAUAUACUAUAGGACUUACCUUUGCGUUUAUAGCUUUCUACGUUUAUGAAAAGAAGGAGGAAGAGAUUGAUGGCAUAUUUCUAAAAAUGCAUUCUUUUGGAUGCAAAUUGAUAUCUGAUCUCAACAGGAAGUUUCUAUCUUCAAAGAAAGUUGAUUGAUUAUAGCACUAGUUUUUCUUAGAUAAGGUGGGUAGUUGCAUCUUCAUUUUGGGGUUGAUUCCUUGUAUAAUUGUACAAUUAUUGUAAUGUAAUUUUGGGGUAUAUUGUAUUGAACCAAUGGUGUUCGGCUAUGUACCUAUGUUCGAAGUAUUGAAGCAUCUAAUUUAGGCGGUGCAUAUGGAUAAAGUUUUGUUUGGUGAGACCUACUCACUUAAUGUGAUCUCCAAGCCUCUUGGGAAUUAGUCCCAUGGCUGGAUACCUUGUGAAACCCAAAAAUAGUGAGUCCAUCACUUAGGGCUUUUUGUUUUGUUCUUUAGCUUCUUUGACAGAUGAAUGAUUGAAUGAUAUUCUUAAGUUCUGCUUCCA